AUGGGGACUGAUUACCUCAAUCUCGUUCCACAUUUGGUGGAGGCAGGCAAGUUCCAGGACUUUGUCAAUGCUGGUCAAACUCUAUCUUCUGUGCUGUCUCCGUUGGACAACUCCUUGGCCAUUUAUGCCACGAACCUGAACCCACCAACUGCAGACGACGGUCACACACUGGAGGAUGAGCAAUCUCUAUACAUUGCCAGUUUGGAUAACGCUCCUUCUUCCGGAAGGCGUCUUUUUCUCACAGACACCUUGCAGAUAUUCACUACUAUGAGACAACUUAAACAAGACGCGACCUCAAAGGUUAUUCAUUGGACCAGCGACUCAGAAAUCUUGAUACAUAUCCGAAAACUUUCCAUCGAUUAUUCUAAUUUUAUCGAGUCUCAUUGGGUCGAUGCAUCGACGCCAGCACUUCCACCUGAAACCAGCUCGUCCCAGUCCAGUAGCGAGCACUUUCGUAAAUUGUACACAUGUUUCUCACUGUUCGUGUGCUUGUUUCUCCCAGAACCUGGAGAUGAACGAGCACCUGUGGGAGAGACCCUCAUGGUAUGGCUCAACACACAUUUUAUAGAGCCAUCAACCGAAGAAGGAGUCCAAUUGAGUGCGUUGGAUAGACCCUGGGAGGACGAAUUGUUUUGGCCAUACUUGACUCGAGCUAUUCUACGUGGCCUUUCCAAGGCUUCUGUAUUUUUCUUAGGCGUUCUGGAAAAGCACCCAUCGGAAAAACUUCAGACAAUUACUAGCACUCUCAUUCCGCUUGUAGAAUCGCAACCCAGUUUAGUCGAUUUCAAAGCUGAAAGCGACUUUGCUUUUGCGUUUCGUCGAUGGCGAGAGAAGGUGAAAGCACUGCGUAUUGACAUGGACCGUGUUCCUGAAGUAGACCGAUCCGACGGCUUCGAUAAUUGGUGGGACAAACUAAGUGAUAUAGUUGGAAUUCUCGAAGGCCGGCACGAUGUCAUUCAACGUAUUUGCGAAGACAUGGGCGCCGACUGGAAAGAGGUCUGCGUUGCUUGGUGCACCUUUGUGGAUCCUCGAAUGAGGAGAGAUGAAUUAUUUGAAGUUGCAGCCUCAGUAAUUGCCGACAUGCCCCCAGACCCCACGGACCCAGAGGACAUGCUGCAUGCCUCGCUAUUUACGGCUAAUCAUACUGAAACCCUCCAUCAUGCCCAUCAAUUGGACAGUUGGCUAUCUGCUCACCUAGCGGACAUUAUGGAGUUCAUUGACCUCAUUGACUCUACGGUCGACGAAGAGUCCGAAAUAUCGAUUCGCGAUCAUUAUGUGCUAUCUUAUGCUGAUCAUUUACAUUCAGACCCGGCACUUUGGAGGGUUACCGUGGACUAUAUGUAUUCAUGCGGCGAAAUAGGGCAGAAACGAGCCGAUGAAGUUUUACUACGUGUCCCCUUAAAGUUGCACCAACAGAACUCUAACCUCAUGGUCGACAGCCGUAUUCGAGCAGGCGACAUUGUGGGCGUUUUGAAAGAUGUCAAUAAAACCUGCUUCGAAUACAAACGUGAACAUGUCAGAAGGACCGUCUGCCGGAUUGCUGCUCAAACUUUGGUUUCAGAAAAAGAUUACGGUCUUGCAGUGUCCUACUGUACAUCGGCCGAAGAUUGGCGGGGACUUGCACGGAUCGUAGACCGCGUCUUAGACGAAUAUAUCACAAGCGGUCCUCGAAAGUUUACACAAUACGCUCUUGCUAUUGCACCUUCAGUCCAGGAGCUGAGAUUGCAAUCAGCGAUUCAGGGUGUAUUUGUGCAUAGACUCAUAUUUGCUGUCAGAUACGCUCGAUUCCAUGAAUUAGUGGAUAAACAAGAAUAUGAAGAUGCAGCUGCGGAUUUGCUCGCCAUCUUUAUCGAAGAUGUGGCCCCCACGUCGUGGUGGGCAGUUGUUCUUUGCGAUGCAACAAAACUCCUGAGGUAUACGCCCGUAGCAUUAUUCCCGUCAUCUGGUGCCUCCCUUUUACUUCAAAAACUUGAGGAAAUAUUUGUCCGCACUUCUCAAGGAGCCAGUGAUGAUUAUUUAGCUGUCUUGAUACGGGUACUGGGAUGCCGGGGUGAAAAGGAAGCGUUAGAGCGACUCAAGACCGUACGGCUUGCGCUGGCUCAAUAUUUCUCGAGAUCUUUGGUGUCAGGUUUGGGAAGAGGUUGA